CCCCACGUCUGGGUCAAGAUGCCUGUGAUGAAGGGCCUCCUGGCCCCACAGAACACCUUUCUGGACACCAUCGCCACGCGCUUCGAUGGCACCCACAGCAACUUCCUGCUGGGCAAUGCCCAGGGCCACCGUGGCUACCCCAUCGUUUACUGCUCCGACGGGUUCUGUGAGCUGACGGGCUUCACUCGUACCGAGGUGAUGCAGAAGAACUGCACCUGCGGCUUCUUGCACGGUCCUGACACCUGCGAGCACGUGGCCCAGCAGAUAGAGAAGGCUCUGGAGGGAAGGGAGGAGUACCAGACCGAGGUCCAUUUUUACAAGAAGAACGGUGUGGCCUUUUGGUGUCUGUUGGACAUUGUGCCCAUAAAAAAUGAAAAGGGCGAAAUGGUUCUCUUCCUCUUCUCAUUCAAGGACAUCACUGACACCUAUGGGAAGGGACACCACGGCACCAAGAGGGAGGAAGACAACAGGUGCAGGAGGAAGAGCAGCUCUCACUUCCGUCAGGCCAGAAAACACGGACGCACCAUGUUGUACCAGCUGACCAGCCAUUUCUCAAGAGGGAGCAAAAGAGACGUCGACCUGAGUGGAACAAUGGUGGAAAAGCCUUCUGUACCAGAGUACAAGGUGGCAGCAGUACAGAAGUCACGCUUCAUCCUGCUCCACUACAGCGUCUCAAAGGCCCUUUGGGACUGGCUCAUCCUGCUGGCCACCUUCUAUGUGGCUGUCACCGUACCCUAUAAUGUCAGCUUCUCUCCCCACGAUGACUCCAUCCCUGCUUCUCGCUCCACCAUCGUCAGUGACAUCUUAGUGGAAAUGCUGUUCAUUAUUGACAUCAUCCUGAACUUUCGCACCACCUAUGUGAGCCAGUCGGGUCAGGUGGAGUAUGAGGCGCGCUCCAUUUACAUUCACUACGUCACCACUUGGUUCUUUGUGGACCUGGUGGCUGCCUUGCCCUUUGACUUACUCUAUGCCUUCAACAUCACAGUGACCUCCUUAGUCCACCUGCUGAAGACGGUCCGCCUUCUGCGUCUCCUAAGACUUCUUCAGAAGCUCGACCGUUACUCUCAGUACAGCGCCAUGGUGCUGACCUUACUCAUGUCUGUGUUCGCCCUGCUGGCGCACUGGAUGGCCUGCAUUUGGUACAUGAUCGGUCGCAAAGAAAUAGAAACCAACGAAACCUGGGAUAUAGGAUGGCUCCAUGAGCUGGGCAAACGUCUGGAGACUCCGUACAUCAACAGCACGGUGGGCGGCCCGACGGUCCGCAGCUCCUACAUCGCUGCUCUCUACUUCACCCUCAGCAGCCUGACCAGUGUGGGCUUCGGCAACGUCUGUGCCAACACUGACGCUGAGAAGAUCUUCUCCAUCUGCACCAUGCUUAUCGGAGCUCUGAUGCACGCUGUCGUCUUCGGUAAUGUGACGGCCAUCAUCCAGCGCAUGUACUCACGCCGUUCUCUCUACCACACGCGCAUGAACGACCUGAAGGACUUCAUCCGCGUUCACGGUCUGCCCCAGCAGCUUAAGCAGCGGAUGCUGGAGUACUUCCAGACAACAUGGUCUGUCAACAACGGCAUAGAUGCCAACGAGCUCCUGCACGACUUCCCAGAUGAGCUCCGGGCCGACAUCGCCAUGCAUUUGAAUAAGGACAUCCUUCAGCUGCCAGUUUUCAAGGGGGCCAGCCGCGGCUGCCUGCGCUCCCUCUCCCUCCACAUUAAGACUUCUUUCUGUGUACCUGGGGAGUACCUGAUCCGUCAGGGUGAUGCUUUGCAUGCCAACUACUUUGUCUGCUCUGGUUCCCUGGAGGUGCUGAAGGACAGCAUGGUGCUGGCUAUAUUAGGAAAGGGGGACUUAAUCGGGUCCGAUCUGCCUGGAACCGAGCAGGUGAUAAAGACAAAUGCGGAUGUGAAGGCGCUCACCUACUGCGAUCUCCAGUACAUUAGUGUGCGCGGUCUGAGAGAGGUGCUGGAACUGUACCCUGAGUAUGCCAGCGUCUUCUCCACCGACAUCCACAACAACCUCACCUACAACCUACGUGAAGGGAGCCAGGACGAGGGCUUCAGACGAUUUUGCAAGUCGCCCAGACUUCCCCACCAGUCACCAAAGCUCCCCUCUAUUGUGGAGACAAAGACCGACGACCCCGAUGACACCUUCCACCUCUCUCCGGCCACGCGCUCCCGACGCAAUCUCCUGCUGCCCAAUUUCACCAGCCCAGUGCGCCGUACGUCCCUGGGAAACCUGUUAGGGGACGAGCUGCGACAGUUCAAUGCCUUGCGACGCUGCCGUUCACCAAACCUCAGUCGAGGUUUCCUUGGACAAAGCUUAUCCCCUCAGCCACCAUCAAAGAAAGAGCACAGCACUCCCCAAUCCACUCCAACUCAGGCCUCAGCCAAAGGAGAUUUGGGAGCCGAACAGAAACCCGCAAAGUUGCUCAUCCCGUCGGUCGCAUGCUUUCCACCACCGGACCUCAGUCCCAGGGUUGUAGAUGGCAUCGAAGACAACGGGCACACGUUCCACUUCACCGUGGAGCACAGCAAGCCUAGCUCCAGAACAGGUGGCAUCACCCAAGAAACCACACAAACAAAUGCCACUCUGCUGCAGGAAACAGAGGAGGUCAAGGAAAGCAUGGCUCAGCUAAAUCUUAAGGUGGGAUCAUUAAACCAAGAAGUAUCAGAAAUCACCAAGAGCCUUCACCACAUGAUGCAUCUCCUCCAGGCUCACAUAUCUGUAAACCACCACCAAAAAACCUCCUUCCUUUCAAGUCCUCCGUCCGUUCACACGAUGGGCUCCAACAGCUCUUCGGCUUACUGCCUUUACACCAGUCCCCAGAGUCUCAAAGCCCUCGGCCACCAAAGUGCACCAGCCGACGCCCGCCGGAGCUGCAGCGAAACAGCUUGGUCCCACAAAGAAAGCCACCAGUCUCCCAUCCCACUCGCUAGUGCUCGUCUGCAACUUUCAGUAAACUCUUCAUCUAAGCCAGGUCCGUAUCAUAGCACUGAGAACAUGACUUCGCCGGUAUGGACCAGCCCAUCUUUUCUGCACGUCAGUCCAGGCUACGUCUGUGGAAGCCCUGACCUGGCACGUCAUGCAAACCGGGACGAGUCCAGACCUCUCGGUGCUGGUCCGACCUCCAUCAGCCAGUCCCAUCCUACUUUAUGUAUUAAGCCCUCAAGUGACAGUGAGUUUUCCAGCGUUUUGUCCAGCGCUCCUGCAGGUACGUCCACGCAAAGCCUGCUGGACCCCGUAUCUCAAACCUCCAGCGAGGCUCUGGGUGGCAAUCCCACGCAGGACGCGGCGAUCUUCCAGAUCCAUGACUCACAUUCCUCCCUCCCCCCCGCCUCCUCCUCCUCAACACCCGCGUUGCCCGGCCAGCCGUCCGUCUCCUCUCUGGAUUCAGGUUCACCACAGCUGGAUGUUUUAGCGCCCCGUCUCACACUGGGCAACCCCACGGCUUCAGAGCACACCAGUUUGGAGUGUCUGCUGGGCAACAGGGACUCGUUGGAAAGCAGGGACAGCGAGAGCAUUUCAUCACAAAGGUCCAGCAUCGGCGGACAAACUCAGAGCACCGAGCAGUCGUGGUGCCUGGACCUCACCGACUGAAGCGCGCACAUCUGAGAGUCUGGCUCAGCGACAUUGUCACGUUAUCGACGUGCAACUUCAUACAGUGUUUAAAAUUCCUCUAACAGAUGGUUAAUCUGUGCUUUUUGUUACCAUCCUAACUCUUGGGCUCCUGCUUUUGUCACAUUCUAUGCAACAGCAUGUUUUUGUGCAUUAUAUUGGCUUUACUGAAGUGUGUCUUUAAGAAAAGCUCCACCACAGGAGCUGCAGUACAUGUUGUAUAUUUUUCCAGCAUCCACGAACAUUUUGCCAUCUAUGAAACCUGUUACCUCUCUUGCAUGGUAAAAAGUUGUUUAUUCUUUUUCCUAAGGAAAAGUGUGUAAGCAUUCUACAUUUCUACAUUUAUUAUUGAUUGUGUACACAAAUACUGUAUUUCUACAGGGAGUGAGUCCAAGCUGUUGGGUAUUUUCAUGUAGAGAGGAACUACAAUGGCAUGCCUCAGUUUGCAUGUGCACAGCAUAGAUUAUCUGUUGUUUUUAUUCAAAGACUUUCUUAAAUUUAACCAUUUAAUCACAAUAUUUCAGACCGCUGUAUGUCCAAACUCUACAAAUCACUUAAGCACAUAACUUUCACUUUUUAUGCAUUGCAAAUUAUCUGGAAAAUUAAAUACAAAUAAUCCAAUUUUUUUUUUGCUUCACCAUCAAAUGAAAUACAUUGUUGAACAUUUUACUUAACCAGAUUUUCUUUAGUAAGCAUCUGAAGUUUGCUGAUAAAUAAAAAAAUAAAUAUCCACAUUCAAUUAAAAAACGUAUUAAUUUCCCAAACGCAAAUGACUCAGAUUGAAACGCAAAUGUUACACAUUAUUAAGUGUGUUCAGGAAUUUUCUUUCUGAACAGAUUUUCCUUGGUUGUCAAAAUUAAAAAAAAUCAGACAAUAUACUGUUUA